UUUUUAGAAAGUGUAUCUUGGAUACGCGCAUUAGCCGUGCAAGUUUUCUUCUUUUUCAUUUCAUGCUAAUUUGCAAUCAAUUUUGAUUUAAGAAGCUGAUCUGCGCAAUAUUGGCUGUCUCGGUCAAGUUCCCAAUGUUUUUAACCCUCAACUGUCCUAUCAGUCAAUCGAAGACGAUCACAUCCCAUUUAUGAACAGAGGUAUACCCAUUCUUCACCUGAUUUCAGUACCAUUUCCACAUGUUUGGCAUACAGAUGCCGAUAACGAAAGCGUUCUACAUUAUCCCACAAUAUAUCAUAUAACCUCAGUCCUUAGGGUAUUUGUAGCGAAAUAUCUAGGAAUAGCACCAUUAUGA